AAGAAAACGCACGAUCCGUUCGUUCGCUGGUGUGUUUCCUCAAAUCCGACGUGGCCUUUUAAAGAAAAACAUAGCUAGCUUCUCUCUCCGAUGUUGCUGCGAUAAAACAGCUUAGGCAGAAGACGUCUCGCAUCUCAGCUGACAGACCUUCUACCGUUCAGCGCCAGAAACUGGUUUGUCCGCUCAUUGCGUUUUACCUGUACAUCAAGGCUUCCAGGAGCAGGAAUGUGUGUGAUGCAAGGCAGCCCAGCGUUGUUAUACUGGGCCACCCGUUUCACAAAAACGGCUGUAAUUUGAAACGAAUAUUUUCAAGCCCCGAAACCGAGCCCGGUCCUCGACCGUCGCGAUGGGGAGCUAGGCCGCCCUAAAAAGUCCAAUUUAGGGGGACUGGCCUGACUCGAACUUAAUCGCCGUUUUGCUGCUUCGCUCCACUUGUUCGAGAAGUUGAUUAUAGUCAGUAAUGGGAAAUCACCAUUCUGAAUUGCGGGAGAAAUCGGCUCGGAAAAGAAUGGUUAUGGAUCGUCUUAGGAGAAGUUUACGUGAUAGUUUUCGUCGUAAAAAAGACCAUAUUCCAGAAUGUAGUAAACCCCACCAGUGGCAGGCUGACGAAGCUGCAGUGCGGGCUGGCACAUGCAGCUUUCCUGUUAAAUACCUUGGAUGUGUAGAAGUGUUUGAAUCAAGAGGCAUGCAAAUUUGUGAAGAGGCACUGAGAGUUUUGAGGAAUUCAAGAAGGAGAGUUAUCAAAGGCACUUUAUACGUUACUGGAGAUGGAUUGCGUGUUGUGGAUGAUGAGACAAAAGGUCUCUUAGUGGAUCAAACUAUAGAAAAGGUGUCAUUCUGUGCACCUGAUCGUAACCACGAAAGAGGCUUUUCAUAUAUUUGUCGUGACGGUACUACACGUAGAUGGAUGUGCCAUGGAUUUCUGUCUCUGAAGGAUACGGGUGAGAGGCUAAGUCAUGCUGUUGGAUGUGCAUUUGCUGUCUGCUUGGAAAGGAAGCAGAAGAGAGAUAAAGAAGCAGUGAGUGUGAAUUAUGAUCCAACAAAUGCAACUUUUACACGCACCGGAUCGUUUCGCCAAGGCUCUUUAACUGAAAGGCUGCAGGAUCCACAGGAAUGUAAAGUAGCGGAUCCUCCGCCUGCAAAACAAGUGCACAAUCCAUAUGCAAUAGAAAGACCUCACGCUCCACCUACGAUGCUACAGCGACAAAAUUCAUUCCGAGGAUUUAGCUCACUUAAUCAAGCAUCGCCUUUCAAGCGACAGUUGUCUCUACGAAUAGGUGAUUUGCCUUCCACCCAAGAAAGACAACGAUCCAUGUCUGUAGGCUCAUCUGACAUGGCUGCACAUCAAAAUGGAAUUACAGUAACCCCCAUACCUGAAUCGUCGCCGCUUGUUGAAAGACAGGAUACUAUUAGUAACAUGUGCCAGCAGCUUUCCCAAGGUUUAUCAUUUCUUUCGUCUAGCCAUAAUAGUGGAGAUCCAUUUGAUCUAGAUAUAUCCAAGACACAAAAGAACGAUGGAUCUUCGAGAGCAGAAGAAUGGUUGGCCAGCAGCACAGACAUCGUACGAAGGAAUUCUUUGGACAGAGGUGUAACACCUCCUUACUCCAAUGUGACACCUGGGAUAGGAAUGCAGACAAGUCAAGUACCAAUAGGAGUUCCUAACCUUCCCAAGCCACCAUCCCCCAAAACCAUUCAGCCUCCCGUGCGACGAGCCAGUCCCAAUUUUGCCCACUUGCGGAGCAGUUCUUUGGGAUCUGCUGAAAAUUUCCUUAGUGGGGUUAAUUGGAAAGCCUCAACCCAAGUUGCUGCUACCACGAAUGCAAAUAGUAAUAUAUUAGAUAUUCAAAGAACUGAGACAGAACCUGAAAAAGCAGUCAACCCAUACGUAGACCCGUUCAAUGUCGAAUGGGUGGAACUGGACAAGAAUCGAAAAAGUAGCACAAAUCCGUUUGUUGAGAACUCUGUGAAGGCUUUUGAAGUUCACAUGUAAAAUUAAAGUGUGGAUGAAAUAUAUUUCAGGUAAUUAUUUGCCUGUAGGUGCAUUUUAAACACCACAUGUGUCUAUUGUUUCUAAUUGUGUAUCUGUUAUGUGUUAUUGAUUAACAAGUUUUUUUUAAAAAAAAAGAACUCCACUUGCUUUACUUAGAUUCUUAAAACUUAUCCCUCAAUAGUGUUUUCAUUGCAUUUGGGAAGAACGAUCGCUUACAUUUAUGUUAAUAUCCAUUAACAUUGGUGUAAGUAGUUUGGUAUAGAAAAAACACAUUAUGAAAGAUGAAUUUGCUUUGCUCUGUGAGUGUUAUGUAUUAGAUUGUUAAAGGUGUUUUUCUGUGAAUGAGAAGAUAGGUUGACUUUUAUUUAAUGCGUUUUUUUUUUCUAUUUGGAAGGUAUAAUAAUAUUAAUAUUGAGAAAGUACAUGAAGCAUCAAUGAGAUGAUCAUAGUUUUUGUCUAUAGAUGCAAGAAAAUUCUGUUGAGGAAAGAUUUUUUUCUCAUUCUUUUUUUUUUUUUUUAAAUCUUUCAUUUAUCCCCUUUAUAUUGUUAGGAAACUCAAAAAUAUUUUCUCUUAAAUAUUUAUUGUAGUUUUCAAACUUUGUUUCAGUAAUGAAUAAUUUUUAUUACCUGAUCAAAAUCCUGGCUGUAAAUUAAAAUGUAACAGAUAAUAGAAAUUAAAGAUAAAUUAGCGAUAUUUGCAUUAAUAGUACAUAUUAGUUAAUUAGAUUAGCUUAAUUACUAUUAAAACUCUUGGAGCAUUCUAAUGUUGAGCACUUUUUUAGUGUUUUGUUGCAAGUUUAAGAAAACAACCAAAACUUAACAUUCAUAAAUCUAUUUUUAUGCAAUGUUCAACCAUUUUUAGAUGUAUAUUGACUCUGAUUGAAAUUGUAUAUAAUGUAUUCAAGGUAAACAUGCAAAAUAGUGUAUCAUUCUUAUAUUUUUCUAAAGAUGUUAAUUGUUAUUUGGUAUUGUCAUUAAUAAACUUUCAAUUAUGCACAAAAUAUUUCAAUAUUGAAUAAUGUGGUUCUGUUUAUGACGGUGAUAUUAACAGGGGAUUAUGUUUCUUGUUUUAAAAAGCAUUGUUUUAAUAAAUUCAGAAUGCAAGAAAAUGUAUACUCAAAAUUCUUGUACUUUUCUAUCUAUUUUUGUUUUCGUUCUUUAAGUUCAUUGAAUCAUAUUUAUUGAAUGACAUUUGUAGAGAAUCAUUAAAAAUUAAUAAAAACUGAUUAAAUUAUUUUAUGUUAUUGCUUGUUUGUUCUGUUUUCAGUAUUUUGUGUCCGUUUUUUGUUUAAAUGUCUGUUUUUAUUGUUUCUGUAUAUUAAAGACCAGGCUUUGCCUGCAUUUAGUUCAUAUUGCUGAUUACUUAUCUACAUUUAAUGAAAAACUUUAUCAGUAAAUUAUACUUGAAAUUUAUAAAAGACUUCCGUAGCAGUUUGUACAUUUUUGUUUUUGUCUCCUUUUGUAGAGUUUUAUCAUUGAAAUUAUAUCUCGGUGAAAUUUAUUAUUUUCUUUAUGUUUGAAUUGACAGAAUUUAUAAAUGAAUUUGAAUAAAAGGAAUCUAAUUUAUUACGAAUGUGCCUUAUUUUUUAAGCAGUUGGGAAAAAAAAAUAAUUUUGUCAUUUUAAGUGAAUUUUGUUUCCAUUUCUUUUAUUGCAAUGGAAAGCAAUAUGAAAUCCAGUUUGUUAAAAUCUAUUUUGUAUCAUUUUAUAAUUGCUGUCUUAUUGACUUUUUUAAAAAAAUGAAUGAUUUUAUUAUGUAUAUAUUAUGCAUACUUUUGAAAAUUUUACGAUGAAUAUUACUACAAAUUACAUGUUUCAUAUUCUGUUUGUAUGUGUUCAUAUUAAAAAAAGAAAAUCUUACCUACAAAUUUUUCCCUGCUUGGUGUUUUUUUAAAGAAAUAAUUGCAUAAUAAUAUGUAAAAAAGAUCGCUUAGGAUUUUUAUUUAUCUUUUCACAAUAAUUGUUAUUCAACACUAUAUUUACUAUUGUAAGAAGAGAGGGGAUUUGUUCCUAAUGUUAUCCUAAAAUGAUGCAUUCCGUAUCUGUUAAUUAUUUGUAUUAUUUUUUCCAUUCACAUUUCAGUUACUUUAUUAGUUGUUUAAGUUUAUUUUAGGUAAAAUCUUAUUUGACAGUGCGAAGUUAAGCACUUUAUGUGGAACCAUCCACUUGCAAAUGAUGUUUUAACGGCCAUUUUGCUGUAAAGUUUCCAAAUCUGACAUGCAUUAUCAAAUAAGAUUUGACUGUUUCCUUGUUCUAGAAUGGUUGUGAAUAUAACAAUUAUUUAAAACUUACAAAUUAAUUUUCCUUACUUCACUACUCAUGUAUUUGUAGUUUUAACAAUUUCUUGGUACUUGUUUAUUUUUACAGCUUUAUUACUGGGCAAUUUUCAGACUAUGCCAAGCUUUAUUAUAAUUAAGAUACCAUGAUUGUUUCUUACUUUGUUUACUUGGUGAUUUUAAGAUUAUGCCAACAUUUCUCAGCUUUGUCCUUCAUAAGAUGCCAAAUGGAUGCCAGCUUGUUAUCUUAUGUAUUGGUUUGCAUUUUUUGGCGAUUUAUUACUGGAGCCUUAAAAAUAAACAAGUACCAGUUUCUCAAUAAAUAACAGGGAUUCUGGUUAACUAACUGUAAUAUUUUUUUUUUUUUUUGGUUCAACUGCCAGUAAUUUAAUUUUAGAUUUUUUUUUUUGUCUUAUGUGUAGGCCAUUGACUGUUGCCUGUUUAUUUGUUCUCAAUUACAUCGAGCAUUAUUAGUGUAGACUUUAAAAUUCCAUAAUUAAAUAGGCAUGCUUUUUGAAAAUCUUGAAGCUUGUAAAAAUAAAUUGUGAAACAAGCUUUUGUGUAUAGAUAUAAAAAUUUGCAACGAUCUAUGUACAAAAUGAUGUCUGAAUAUUUUUUUUAAUCUUACAUUUUUUUAUUGCUCACAGUGACUAAUCAGAUUCAGAAAAUAGUGUUAGUCUCUAAAAAGAACCGCGUUCUGUAAUUACCUUGUAGUUUUGUUCAUGUGAAGUUUGUGUAUAUACUAGUAACAUGUGAAAGCCAUAUCAACACUAUGUUAGUAAUAAGCAUUGUGGUUGUUUUAGACAAUGUAGCAUGUUCUGUUAAAUUCGUUUAUUGAUAAAAAAAAAUAAAUAAAGCUGUCAACUUUUUUAUUAUAAAAAGUUUUUA